UGCACUGACCGGAGUCACCAGAGUUUGUGGACGUACUACGAUAUCCGGGAUCGUGGAGAGGCGGUGUUUUGUGCCACAUCUAUCCUGUCGUUGCGUUCUGAUGGCCUCUACUUCCUUUGAGUCGAGCUCGGUCAGACAUGCGGCGAGUCUUUCCUUCCCUCAUUUCGAAAUUAGGUGACGUGGGCACAGCGCCCGUCUUAUGAACACAACACGGCAGUAGAUCGAGUUGCAUCCUGUGUCACUCGAACCUGACUCAAACUUUUUCGCUGCAGGUGGAUAUGCAGGAGCCCCAAAUUUUCUCGAAUGCGCCAGAAUUCACCCUGGCCUUUGAGAUCGUAUACAUCACGAAGGAGUUCACGACGUAUCAGAUGUAUUGGCACUACGCCUGGAUUGUGAUCACGCUGGUGUUCAUGUUUGUACCCAAGAUUGGCUUCUUCUACGAGAUGAUGCAGCUACACCAAAACUUCUGGUCUAGACAACAGGAAUGAAGCUAUCACAAUAUCUAGCUUGUUGUUUUUAGUGCUUCUUUCAAGUGGCAUCUAUCUGCUGUUGAUUGCAGUUUUGGGUCUCCUGUGCAUCACCAUAUUCGAACAUCUCUAUCUGCUAUAUGGUCUUGUUUGGUUGUAGGUAAAGAGCUCCUAUUGCGAGAGUCGGGGGGUUCCCACGAAAGAUCGAUGCACGCCUCUUUUCAUUUGCUACACGAGCAAGGUUCACACGAAGUGUGGAACACACCUUCGGCUGACAUCCUACCCCCUAUCAUAGCCUCUAGCAGGUUUUGGGUUGCCCAUUAUCCGACCACCGAGGGCGGCCAGUGAUUGCCACUUCGAUGCCCAAUCUUCGUCUUUCCGCUUACUUUCUGCCGUGCGUCUACACCUUUUUUGCGCGGUUUGUUUGGCCGGACAGGCGCGCGUGGGGGUGCUGCUGCUGUCGCUCCUGUUCUUUAACAACGUCUUCUUUGGAUUCCAAAUAUUUUCUCCUUUCCCUCGCUUCUUCUUCAGGUGAUGUGCAUUUGGAAUCCGUUACAUGUUUCGUUCUUGGGUUAUCAGCUCUUGGCGUGUUUACAUGAUUUGAUGCCACGUCCAUCAUGCUUUUGAUUGUUUUUUAACCGCGGGCUGUGCAAAUGAGCCAAGCCCUCAUACCCGCGGCCCCCGCCGCCCUGCCCCUAUCUCCCGAUAUUGCCCACACCUCUCUCUUUUUAUGAAAGGGAACCGACACGGCUCUGGAAUGGGAACGCAACCGUAAGAAGACUGUACUGGAGUACCUGCCGAAGUUGGUUCUGGUUGGUCUCAUCUGGAUCGUUACCGUGCUGACUUACAUGUAAGUUGUUUGGCAUGGUUUGCUCGAUGUGCCAGUGGGAAACUGGCGUCCUAAGUCUUGAUUGAUUGCGGUGUGCACAUGAACGUUGUUGUUUCUCCUACGCCGCCCGAUCAUAUCAUGCGCCAACUCGAAACACAUUCUUGUUUCGCGACUGACGAAUUAGCACAAAUAAAUCUGCCUCCCUUCAGCUACGUGCGAGUGCAGC